UCGACGGUAGCCCGUGCCAGCGGCGCCAUGUCGCAGAGCGCCCUACAGCCGGUGGAAGACCCGGCGGCGCCUGCCCCCAUCACAUCGAUCUGGGGGAGGAGGAUAUGGAGGCCCCCGUCGCUGGCCGCCUCACUGCGGACGAGAAAGAGGUCUCCUGUUUUUGCGAUGGGUGUUGUUCGUCGCCGCACUGGUGAGUUGCACAUGGCGGACCACACCGGGGAUUUCUUCGCGCCGUCGUCUUGCCGGUAUGAUUUUCUCCUUGCCGCCGCUGAAGAAGACCAUGCUGAAGAAUCCCUAACUUCCUUAAUUAUCAGCUUUGGCACCGGCGGCGACUCGUGGAGCAGAGGAACCCAGUCCUCCUCCACCUUGGGCAUGGGGGCGUGGCUGAGCAGGACACUGAACGGAACCAAGAGGGCUUGGCGGAGGAGCGGCCGGCCCGGGCUGCACAAGCCCAUGCGCUCCACGUCCAAGCUCAGGAACAUCUCUGUCUGAGAUGUACUCCGCGUUCAAGGUUGGCGGAGCAGUGGCCGGUCCGGCUGAUCUCCAUCAUAUCUUACUGCACGCAUCAGAGGCAUAGCAGCUGAAUAAACAUACUUAUGCUUUUUGUUCUUCUCCAGGAUCUGAGUCGCUGCUACAUUUUCUUCAGUCCAUAAACCUGAUAUCAACUAUAAACAAUUCCCUUUUCAGCAGCCAUAAAACUUGCGACAAGCAGCGAUGGCUCAGUGAACCCUCAUCAGAGGGUUGUGUUUGUCAAGACGGCCACUCUAACAAUAGUGUAGUAUAGUAAUCACCUAUCUACCAGUAUGCAAACUACUACAACAGGUUUCAAUUCAAGUGUUGCAUGACAGCUUCUGUCUUCUCCUUCUGUUUAUGAUCUUACUUUGUUUAUGUUGCUAAAUA